GUGCUUUGUGUGGACACGCGAGCCGAGAACCUGGUCUAACUUGGAGUAAAGAAGUUCAACAGCAGCUCCUGGCUUCUGCUCCUGGGCUCUUGGGUUUUUUUCCCCCUUCCCUUCCCAGAAGCUGCGCAGGGAAAGCAGCUGCCACCAGAGAUCAGCCUUCGCGCUCCCUCCCGCCCCGUCUCCCUCCCUGCUUGCCAAGACUCUGAAUCGUCUGGAUCCCCAAAGCCAGGCUCCUUAUUCCAUCUCUCCUUGGGAAAAUGGAUUCCCAGGUGCUGUCAGGGAUGCCUUUUUGUAAAAAGAUCUUCACUGCAGCCUUGUGUGUCUUAGUUUUGCUGCCAGAUUCAGGCUGUGCGAGGACUCUGUGGAAGCGCGCUCUGCAUCUGAAAAUGACGGAGAAGUAUGAUGAUUAUGAGUACCCUCUUCAUUCUCACAGUUCCCACUACCAGAAGAACGACCGCUGCCCGCCGCCGCCCCAGUCGCUGCCGGAGCCCGCCUGCGAGGUGCCCAGCUGCCGCGCCGACGCCGAGUGCCAGCGCCACAAGCGCUGCUGCUACAACGGCUGCAUCUACGCCUGCCUGGAGUCCGUGCAGCCCCCUCCAGUUUUAGACUGGUUGGUUCAGCCCAAACCCCGCUGGCUGGGAGGAAAUGGGUGGCUUUUGGAUGGCCCAGAGGAAGUCUUACAAGCUGAGGCCUGCAGUACCACUGAGGAUGGAGAUGAGCCUCUGCACUGCCCCACAGGCUACGAGUGCCACAUCAUCAACCCGGGUAACACGGCUGAAGGCAUCCCCAACAGGGGCCAGUGCAUCAAGCUGCGUGGAAAUCCAGAUGGACACAACCUGAGGCAGAAGUAUUACAAGGAAUAUUUUGGAAGCAAUUCCAACAACGUGGUUGGCUAUGUGAAAAACCAGCAGAAGCAUUUAGGCUAAUCCAAAGUGUGCCUGGCUGGACCACUCUGUUAAGCAGAUGUCAAGGAAUGCUUUACCCAACAGUUUUCUCUUUUGGAAGAAUUCUGGUCCCAAAUCUCCAUGAGCACAUCUCCAACACUGAUCCCUGCCCACCAGUGAUAAAAAGACUUUGCUAUUCAAGGAACAGGAUGGGUCUAGAUUUUAAUCCUAUAAGCAGGGAGAGAAUUGUGUUCCC